AUGGCACCAACGAUUAAAAGAACACCUGUUAAAACUAGGUCAAGGAUCACAAAUAAACCAAGGAGGUCAGAACCUGACAUAUCAAAAGCAGGCAAUAGUCAAAUACGAAAUAAUACAGGCGAGAUGGAGGGAGAACUGGAGCGUUUGAAGGAGGAAAUGGCGAGUUUCGCGGGUUUACGAAAUACGAUUGAACAGCUACAGGCACAACAAGCAACUAACGCACAGCUGGCAAACGAAGUCGCAUUGUUGAAGCUCCAGAACGAACAACAAAGACAGGCUCUUCAACAGAUACAGAAUCCAGUUCAACAACCAGUUACCAAUAACGAUCAAAUAUCGCUUAAGGAAGCAAAAUACCUAUUACCGAAACUAGACCAGUUCGAAAUAAACUAUACCAUUAUCCAACAAUUACCAUAUAAAAUUCGUGAUACUCUAGCAACUGUGAAUAUGGCGGAUACAAAAAUAAUAGAACAAGCUUUAUCGCAAUUAGAUGUAAAUUAUGAAGAAAGAAACAAUAAUAAACACAAAUAUCAAAAUCAAAGUAACAACAAUCAAGUGAAUAAUGUAAACAACAUGCAAAUUCAACAUAAACAACAGCAACAGAUAAAUAAUACAAGUAGGCAACAAAAUUAUCCAAAUGCUGCAAACAACUUUUAUCAAAAUCCUCAAUUUGGUACAAACUUAUCACCAUGGCAAUAUCAACCGCAAGUUCAAGCAUCAACAAGCAACCAAAUGAAUUUACCAAACGUCAAUUAUCCACCACCUUAUUUCUCAGGAACCAAUAAUCAGAUACAGUCAUUACAAACUCAAAUGCAAACUAACACCAAUAAUUUACAAACCAGUCCAAAUAGAAAUUUAAACUAA